UUCUUCUUCUUGCUCUUCUUCCACCUGCACUGAUCCCAGCCAAAUUGGACGCACCGAUCGCUUUCACAUCACAUUUGCCCCCUACCUUUGCCCACCCACCAAUCUAGCCUCCCACCCAGAUACUCAUUCGCCGCCGGGAGCGACGGAGCAUGCUCAAAGGUGCCUCCUUUUCCCCAUCCCGACCCGCAUAAGAUCUGCCCACGAAUCCGAACCGACCGCCGAGCGAUUCCCCAAUGUCGUCGGCCCCAAAGAAGCAAGCCCUUUUCAUAGCUUCCCUGAUCACGCUGUGGUACUCGUCCAACAUCGGCGUCAUCCUCCUCAACAAGUUCUUGCUCUCCAACUAUGGCUUCCGGUUCCCCAUCUUCCUCACAAUGUGCCACAUGUCGGCCUGCGCCGCCUUCAGCUACGUCUCCAUAGUCUUCCUCAAGCUCGUCCCGCUCCAGCUGAUCAAAUCCAGGCCCCAGUUCAUCAAGAUUGCGACCCUGAGCGUGGUGUUCUGCGCGUCGGUGGUGGGGGGCAACGUGUCGCUCCGGUACCUCCCCGUGUCGUUCAACCAGGCGGUGGGCGCGACGACGCCGUUCUUCACGGCGGUGUUCGCGUACCUGAUGACGUUCAAGAGGGAGGCUUGGGUCACUUAUGCCGCCCUCGUGCCGGUUGUCACCGGCGUCGUAAUUGCCAGUGGGGGGGAGCCAAGUUUUCACUUGUUUGGAUUCAUCAUGUGCAUCAGUGCAACUGCUGCAAGGGCAUUUAAGUCUGUACUUCAGGGUGUCCUACUUUCUUCCGAAGGGGAAAAACUGAAUUCGAUGAACUUGCUGCUGUACAUGUCACCGAUUGCGGUAUUAGUCUUGCUACCGUCGACACUCAUAAUGGAGCCAAAUGUCUUAGAAGCCACUUUAUCACUCGGAAGAGAACACAAAUUCAUGUGGCUGCUUCUUUUGGUUAAUUCAGCCACUGCCUAUGCAGCCAACUUAACUAACUUUCUGGUCACCAAACAUACAAGUGCCCUCACGCUCCAGGUACUUGGAAAUGCAAAAGGUGCUGUCGCUGUUGUGAUCUCUAUACUAUUGUUCAGAAAUCCCGUGACAGUGAUGGGCAUCGGUGGAUACGUGAUAACAGUCUUGGGGGUUGUUGCAUAUGGAGAAGCAAAACGGAGAUUCAAGUAAAGGUGGCGGACUUGCCUAUGGGUCACUUACACGACCCGAUUCCUAUUAAAAUUCGCGGUGCGACAUUGCCUGAUUAGGUGGAGGUGGUAUUUUUUAUUCUAGUAUAUGAUUAUUCUUGCUAUUAGGAACGAAAUCGAGGAGGGAAUGGAGCAAGAUUGCUCAACAAUCCGAUAGUGGAAUUCUUCGUUUAGUACCCCGUCAUUGUAUACCUCACUUUGGAGGUGGCAUGAGAUGCUUCCUAGCAAAUUUGAUGUCACCACACUUGUUAAAUAGUCAGCCUUAUCACUUAGGAGUCAUUUGGCCUGGAGCAUUACUUAAAAUAUAUUCAGGAACUGUCCUUCUUACGAAUAUAGAUUGCAAGGAAUCUGCCUUUUCUUUUUAUCAA